CUCUUUUUUAAGUCAAUACCAAAAAAAAAAAAUGAAAUACAUUGUGAAAGGUGGCAUUUGGAAAAAUACAGAAGACGAAAUCCUAAAGGCAGCUGUCAGUAAAUACGGCAAGAAUCAAUGGGCUCGUAUUUCUUCAUUACUUGUGAGGAAGACACCAAAACAAUGUAAAGCUCGUUGGUUUGAAUGGUUAGAUCCAAGCAUUAAAAAGACUGAAUGGUCAAAAGAAGAAGACGAGAAAUUAUUACAUCUGGCAAAACUUAUGCCUACACAAUGGCGUACUAUUGCUCCUAUCGUCGGUCGAACACCAGCUCAGUGUUUAGAACGAUACCAAAAGCUUUUGGAUGAAGCAGAAACUCGUGAUACAGAUAGAUCAAAAGAGCUGGGCUUACAGGGUGCCUUUGGUCACGAAACAGGACCUAGUGCAGAUGAUGUUCGAAAAUUGAGACCAGGAGAAGUAGACCCUGAACCAGAAACAAAACCUGCUCGACCUGAUCCAGUGGAUAUGGAUGAAGAUGAAAAAGAAAUGUUAUCCGAAGCUCGUGCAAGAUUAGCUAACACACAGGGUAAAAAGGCAAAGAGAAAGGCAAGAGAGAGACAGCUGGAAGAAGCAAGAAGAUUGACUGCCUUACAAAAAAGAAGAGAACUCAAAGCAGCUGGUAUCUACAUGCGUUUAAAGACAAAGCCAAAUGUGAUGGAUUAUAAUACAGAUGUUCCCUUUGAAAAGAAACCUGCAUUAGGUUUUUACGACACAACAGAAGAAGGCAGUCGUACGGUCGAUCCUGGUAAAUUGACAAACGUUCACCUAUCCAAAUUGAACAGACGACGUGCUGAUAUCGAAGAGGAAAAGAAUCGUGAAAAGAAGAGAAAGGCCAGAGAAAAUAACAAUAAAGGUGGCCCACAAGGCAAUCAAGGCCAGUUUGUGCCUGAAAAGAAUGCCAAGAUUCAAAAGAUGCAGGAAGAAGAACAGAUUGCAAAACGUCGUAAGCUUGUCUUGCCUGCUCCCCAGGUUGGCGAACAAGAACUUGAAGAGAUUGUCAAGUCUGGAUUUGCUGGCGAGAAUGCUAAAACGUUGGUAGCAGAUGAUGUAGGUGCCACACCUUUCACCGAUCGUGGACCUACGCCCUUAUACUCUGAAUUACGUACGCCCAGACCAAAGACUCAGGUUGAUGGUUAUCCUGGAGCCACACCACUUCAGAGCAUGGCUACACCCAGAAAUGCAAAGCCUCCACAGAGUGUCAAGGUCAGUCUUUUGCAAGGUUUAGCCAGUUUGCCUAAACCUCGUAACGAAUGGGAGAUUCGAUUACCAGAAAUUGAACAAGAAGACGAAAAGCAGCCGGCUGAGAAAGCAGUUGAGGACAUGAGUGAUCUUGAACGACAGAUCAAAGAACAAGCAGAACGAGAUGAACAAGAGCGUGCUGCACGUCGAUCAUUAGCUGUUCAACUCGAAUUACCACGCCCCACGACAAUGCAUCAAUUCAAGGCAGACUCUAAUGCAAGUGAAGCCGAAAAGAUGAUUUAUGAAGAAUUGAACAGACUUUUGAAACACGAUGCUGUUAAAUACCCAGUUGCAGGAGGAAAGGUUGCACCAGGCGCUGUUCAAUUACCUGAAAGUAUCGCUCAAUUAGAAGACGAAUUUGAUUCAAAAGCAUUGGCUGAUGCUCGUAAAGAAUUAGAUCAGGAAAUUGUCAAGACAUUAGGGCUUUCCGAGGAUGAAGAUGUCAAAAAGGCAGUGUGGGAACAUGUAUCAUCUAAACCUGAAUUUGAAGAACUAUGGAAAAAGGAGCAUGAGGAGUUGAUCUUUUCAGUCAAAUUUAAUCGAUUCUUGACAUUAAAUGAAAUGGACGAUGACAAAGAUAUUACUCAAGGACUUGAAAAGACGAUUGAGGCCAAUCGUCAAACAAUGAUCCGAGAUGCUACACGUGCAGGAAAACUAGAGAAUAAGUUGGAAGUCAGGCUAGGAGGAUAUAUGAAUAGAUCUAAAAUGUUGUCAAAGCAAAUAGUAGAAGCAUUUGAAGAAUAUGAAGCUGCACAGUUGGAAUACAAUAGUUUCCUGAAUUUACAGAAUGCGGAAAGAGCAGCCAUUCCACGUCGUAUUGAAGCAUUGGAAUAUGAGGUCAAUAAGUUGGUCAACAGAGAAAAAGAAUUACAAGAGAGAUACAAGAACUUGAGUGACGAAAAGAUGGAAUUACUUGUAUAAAAAGAACAUAAAUAAACUCUUUUUCCUUUUUCC